UAAACAAGGAAAAGACAGGUCAUCCUGACUCGAACCAACUAAUCCCCCAAGGUCUCCUUAGCCUCACUCACUCACCCCCUGACGCACGCCCCCACCACCUCACCACCUUAUAUCCCACCUCACCAUUACCCUCACCUCUUCACAUCCACAAUUUAUCCCAAACACACACACCCCACCCAUAGAGCUCCCCACACCCGCGGGAGAGGUCCCCCGGGACCUCCUCGGGGCUGCUAUAUCUAUGUCCCUUCCUCAUCACGCGCCACCACCACCACCAGAAAAAGCAGUGCAGGUCCUGGAGUCACCCCCACCGAUGAUGACGAUGACGCCAUCUCAGCUACCGGCGCUUUAUAAGCAGCGCUCAUUGUCGCCAGACAUUUUCCGCGACGAGGCAUGGCUUAGAAGGAAAGGGAACAGCAGGAACAGGGGGAGCAAGAGCGUGACGGACGAAGACCUUGAUGAACUCAAGGCUUGUAUUGAGUUGGGGUUCGGGUUCGAGUUUGACUCACCCGAGGUGGAUCAACGUUUGUCCGAUACUUUGCCUGCUCUUGGCCUCUACUAUGCUGUUAACAAGAACUACAACGACAUCGUUUCCAAGUCUUCUUCAGUUGCAUCGGAUUGUGAUAGUAUUCCCUCCCCUAUAGGCAGCCCCAACUCCAUCUUUGGUCCUGGUGAUAAUCCACAGACGGUGAAGAUAAGGCUGAGACAAUGGGCGCAGGUGGUUGCUUGUUCGGUGAGGCAAUGCUCAUGAUGGACAUAAGGAUCUGUUGUGUCAUAUAACUUUGACAUUAUUAUCGCCGUCAUCAGUGUUUCAGGGUUAACUACUGAGAAAUCAAGACAAAUUAAAAGAACCAGAGUUGUAAUCAAUGUAACCAAACAUCAACAACCAACAAAUAACUUGUUUUAUAAUUGCUAUGAUAUUCCCACCACUCCUCACCCACCGACUUUGGUUUUGCUAGACAUGAAAAACUCAGAAGAAGAAAAAAAAACCCCACUGUAAAAAAGAAAUUCCCACGUUAAACAGCUGCUAAUAUAUUGACUUUUUCUAACA